CCAGUCCCGCAGCCACCUGAUGAGAGCCGGCUGCCACGCCUGGCCCGCCGGGACGGGGCGCCCCCGUCUCUGUUACUAGAAGGAUCAGUCUAAAACUAGGCGGAGAGGCACGGCAGGGACACAUACGGGGCGACACAGGGCAGCGGGGGGCUGGGGGCGGCCGCCCCUCCGCACCUGCCGGUCCCCCCGCGCCCGCCCCGGCGCAGGCGAAGCAGCGCUCCCGGGCGCGCUGCCGGGGAUGCUGCGGGCUGCCCGGGGCUCGCCCCGCCGCGCCGGUUCGGCUCGGCAAGCGAGAGGGAGAGCGGCGGAACGUUACACGCGGGGAGGCAGAGCCAGGGGAGGAGCGUCGGGGCCGGGGCAAAGGCAUAAAACCAGCCCCAGGUGCUCGGCAGCCCCGGCGAACGGGCGGCUAUCGCGGAGUGUAAAACUUCAGCCCCCUCGCCGGUGCCGGCCGGUGCGGAGCAGCGCGGGGUGCGGGCCGAGCGCGGCGGCCCCAUGCCGCCCGGCGGGCCCGGGCCAGCCCCGGGGCCAGCCCCCGGUGACACUCCCCGCAGCCGCUUUCCCGCGGGCCGUGCCCGCAGGAGCAGCCGCGCUCUCCGCCCGAGGAGGAUCGCUGUGAGCCUCCUUGCAGGCAGGUGAUCUGCCUGCCAUUUCUGGUUACCCUUCUUCCCACCUUCCCCGCCUUUCUUCCCCCCCGGCUGGACAACUCCCUCCCUGGAGAACACGCCCAAGUAGCUGAAGAAGAGAGGGAGUUAAAAAAAAAAAGGGGGGGGGGGGGGGAUAGAGAGGGAGAGCUAGGUAGUUAACAUUGAACCUGGGGGAAGCGCCCGGAGCCGCUGGCGCUCAGGAUCCCGCAGCCCAUACAUCGGCAGCAAUAAAGCGCUACGUGUGACAGGCAUACAAAUCCGGGAUAGAGGGAAGAGCGAGCGAGCGGGGCAGGCGGCCGGCGGCGCGCAGAGCCCCGGGGCAGGGCCAUGGUGAGUGCCUGCGGGGGCUCGCCAGCGCGCAGCGGCGGGCGGCGCGGGGCGCGGCGGGGGCUGCCCCUCUCGGCCGCGCUGCCGUGACCCGCGGCUGCACCGCCGGAGACGGCCCCGGGCCGGAGCGUGGCACGCAUCGUUUCGCAUGUUGGUCCUGAGACACGGCAAGCAAGGAAUAUGAACAGGAAAACAAGGCGCUGGAUCUUCCACAUCUUCCUGAGCCUGGGGAUUGUGUAUAUCAAGAUCGGGGGUUUUUCCUCUGUGGUGGCCCUGGGAGCCAGCAUCAUCUGUAACAAGAUCCCGGGUCUUGCCCCCAGGCAGCGGGCGAUCUGCCAGAGCAGGCCCGACGCUAUUAUCGUCAUCGGGGAAGGGUCCCAGAUGGGCAUCAACGAGUGCCAGUUCCAGUUUCGCAACGGGCGCUGGAACUGCUCAGCCCUAGGAGAGAGGACCGUCUUCGGGAAGGAGCUGAAAGUGGGGAGCAGAGAGGCAGCAUUCACGUACGCCAUCAUUGCUGCUGGAGUAGCACACGCCAUCACGGCUGCCUGUACCCAAGGCAACCUGAGUGACUGUGGUUGUGACAAAGAAAAACAAGGACAGUACCAUAAAGAGGAAGGAUGGAAAUGGGGAGGCUGCUCUGCUGACAUCAGAUAUGGAAUAGGAUUUGCCAAAGUGUUUGUGGAUGCCCGGGAGAUUAAGCAAAAUGCAAGGACACUCAUGAACCUGCACAACAACGAGGCCGGGCGGAAGAUUUUGGAAGAAAACAUGAAGUUAGAGUGCAAGUGCCAUGGGGUCUCAGGAUCCUGUACCACUAAAACAUGCUGGACAACUCUGCCUAAAUUCCGGGAGCUGGGCUACAUCCUCAAGGACAAAUACAACGAAGCUGUUCAAGUCGAACCGGUGAGGGCAAGUCGCAACAAGCGUCCAACCUUCCUCAAAAUAAAGAAGCCACUUUCCUAUCGCAAACCCAUGGAUACAGAUUUAGUGUACAUAGAAAAAUCUCCCAAUUAUUGUGAAGAGGACCCUGUCACCGGCAGCGUGGGAACGCAGGGAAGGAUGUGCAACAAGACAGCGCAGCAGUCCAAUGGCUGCGAUCUGAUGUGCUGUGGUCGCGGUUACAAUACACACCAGUACUCGAGAGUGUGGCAGUGCAACUGCAAAUUUCAUUGGUGCUGCUAUGUUAAAUGUAACACAUGCAGUGAAAGAACAGAAGUAUAUACCUGUAAGUGAGUACGUGGCUGGGCAGGCUGACAUGUCCCUGGCCAUGAAUACAUUUGCACAUGCACUCAACGUACCUACACAAGACUGUAGGAAAGACCUGCUCUCCCAGAAGAAAUGCUGAUGAAUGGAGCCCUCUCUUUUUCUUCUCAUGUCUCAUUGCUUAUGUGGAUACACAUUUCAGACUCUUAUGAAAGUCAGCCAAGUAACAAAAACAAACAAACCCCACUCUGAGCCACCUGACACACAAAACAGAAAAAUAUCAUCUCAUUUAAUCUGCCCCUCUAGAGCAAGAAGCAUUGACUGCUUUGUGAAGAGACACCCACCAGGGAAAAAUCUCUGAGCGUGGCAGCUAACUCUUGGUUUGGAAAAAAAGAUGGUAAAAAAACUUCAGUGUAUAAGGAGCAGGGAGGCGUAGGGGAGGAAUCCUCAAAAAAGGGCUUUGCACAGGAUGGGAUGGACAGUGCCUCAUUGUGAAUUGCCCACAUGAGUGUGUGGAUGACACCGAUUUAGGCUUCUACACUUGUGAAAAGCUUCUGCUGGUCUUGCCCAUCCUUCCACUUUGUACCAUUUGCUACAGCGAGUAGAACUCUUGAAGGUUUCUGUAGACACUGCUUUAUCUGCCUUUUUCGUGUGUGUGUGUGUGCUGCAGAUUUUAGCACAGGGAUUUGGGACACUUGGGCAUAAUAAUAGCAAUAUUUAACAAUUUAUUCAGAUAAAACUAAUAUUAAUUUAUUUAAUUAAAAAGAACUCUACCAACAUUUUUGAACCUAUUCUGCAAUUAAAGUAGAUAGCUGGCUUUCUUUGUGGAAUAAUUUUGUAGAAACAGCAAGGAAAAACUGGAGCUGUGUAUAUUAUUCUUAACUAGGGUAUUUCUAUUAGUUGGACUUGCAGGAUAUCUUCUACAGUACAUGUUUAAGUACAAAAGCUGGCAUCUUUAUAUAUAUGUACAUACACAAACACACACUGUUGUUUUUGGGUUGGUUUUUUGUUUGUUUGUUUGUUUUCUCCUGUUUGCUGCUAGUUGUCUGGAACAAAAGUCAAGUGGUAGGGGUUGCAAAUCUUUGCCAGUUUUUGUUUGUGGGUUUUUGUUGUUUUUUUUUCUUUGGUUUUUUUUUUUUUUUUUCAAUUAAAGAAAGAAACAUUAAUAAAAUCCUGUUUGGAAUAUGUCUAAGAAUAAGAAAAUCCAGACAAACUUCCAUCUUUUGGAAAAAAUCAACCAUAGGAUAAGAGAGUAUAUUUUGUAAGAGACUAUUUUUAUAUAAAUAUUUUAUUUAUACUACGUCUGCUUGUUCAACCUGUACUUUUUCUCAAAACAGGCAUACAAUUUGUAAUUUUUAGGCUAUUUAACAGAGAAAGGGUAAUUAGUUUGUGGACACAACAGCAGCAAGCUGGAUAUAUUCAGCUGCAAUUGGUGGAUGUGUCAGAAAGCAGAAUGAACUUUCUCUCCGGAUGUGUGUACAAACUGGCUCUUUUCCUGCAGCUUAAUUUGCAGAAUAUGCAAAACAAGAACAGGGUAUGUAGCAUCAAUUCUGUCACAUGGCUUGAAUUCAUGAUUGGUAUUAACUGGAUGCUCAUUUAUCCCAUUCAAGAAAAAAAAAAAUCCGAAUUAGCUUCCCACAUGCGUCAGUCAUUAAACUGUGGCGUUAUGACUAGCAAAUGUGCUGUGUGUGCUGUCAGUUAAACCUCUAUAUUGUGUUACUGUCAAAUUUGAUUUUAAUCAGUGGAAGACUGUAGACUAUGACUGUAAAAACUAGCAUGACACACAUCGUCUGAUUCUCAUAGAUAGGAUACAAAGCUUACUUUUUGUCCAACUCUUUUUGGCAUUUACACUAUUCUUUGCCCCCCAAAGGCCAGAGCUCAAAAAUCCAGAAAAACUAGGCAAAUUUAAAGACUACUCCCUUGUUUUUCAGAGCCCAGAUAAGCCAUUUGGUGUUCCCUUUACAGUAUUUCCUUUUUAUCACUAAGUUCUUCAGAUAUUUGAAUGGUAAACAUUCCCCCGUUUUUGGAAUAAUUCUGCUUGACUCAUUGGUGACUGGCAAAAAAAAUAAUCUAAUUUUAAUGUUGUUUUCCAUUGAGUAAGAAACAUGGCCCAGUACUAUAUUGCAUGUUCUGUCUAGGACAGACCAGAUCCUUCCCUACUUCCAGGCUACACUAUGUUGUACCUUUCAUGCAGCUAAGAAGGGCAUCAUUAAAGGCAACGGCCCCCUUGAUAACAGCAAGUAUUACAAGGAGCAGAAGAUACAAGUGCAUCUUGUGUCCCUUGAUCUUUCUGAGUCAAAACUCCCACCCAAGACUGCGAAAACAGAGAAAGUUUUUUGAGAAAGUAAACAGAAGUAUCACAAAAGAUGUUGCAAAGUUUCACUAUAACAACCUAACCUUUUAGAACUUGUCUGGAGGAGUCACGGUGGGUUUCUUUAAACUCACUUCUUGUAAAUAAAUUAUUUAUUUAAGAACACAAGCCCAUGCAGUACCUGAUCCUAGCAAUGUAUAAUUAGAGUUAAAUGUACAGCUUCUUUGCAGACAUGCCACUUAACACAAAACAGAAUUUUUAUACAAUUCAUACACCAGCAUGGGAUACCAAACUAAAAUUAUUAACAUAAUUUACUUUCAAACUUAUGACUUGUCAAUAUAAAGCAAUAUAAAAGCAAUUUUGGGGGAGUAAUUGAGUCACUGAUUUUAGUUCUAAAUUCUACACAUCAAGAAUUGAUAAGACAUAAAAUGCAAGUACAUAUGCUAUGGAUAUUAGUUACAACACUGUUCAGCCCUAACAUUUAAUAUCGGAAUCUCCACCUCACCCCACCUCCAGUUUGUUCUUUUUUUUUUUUGUACUUAGCAGUUACCAUAUCAUAGUCAAAAGUGUGUUUUCUUCACUGAUUAUUUUACAAAUUAUUACUUUUGCAGCAUGUUUCUACUAUAGAAAAGUAAUCUCUAAACCUCCUGCUUCCUGUAUUUUUCAGUAUGCAGUGAUGUGCAAUGUACAGCUAGCAGAUUACUGACUGAAGGACAAAUAUCUUUAAACAGUUUUACUCACAAUAAUAAAGAACUGGAUGCACAAUGAAGUGAAUGUGGUACACAUUUUCCCUAUAUUUUACCAUAUUGCUGAUAAUCCGUGCAUUAAUUAGAAUGUCAAUUUGUUUUAUAACUGGAAUAAUAGUUUGGGAACUAUCAAUCAAAGCACAAGGAAAACCAAACGCUGCAUUCAGCCUGAAAGUAUGUGGAAAUCUGGCUGUGUCAUCUUAGAUAGCAAAAAUCUGGCCCAUCAGAAUCUGCCAUGAGUCUGGAGUUAAUUGGUCAUUCGUUAAAUGGGCUUGAAUGGCAUGAAGAAUAAACAGGAGAAGGAGAAAGAUUUACGAUUUUGUAGAUAUUCCUCCCCCCGACAACAGUUUGUUCUUUGUCCUCAGGGAUAGAAGAGCUCUGUUUUUACUUGGUGAAGAACCACACAAUGGGAGUGAAAUGCACACAAGUGCAGAACAAUACAGCUCUCAAAAGAAAAUACAUCUUUUCAUCUCCGCUAACCGAGGGAAGCGCUGGAUUGCUGUCCACACUAAUAACGUAGCUGAGAGUUUUAAAGAAAACAUACAUUCAAGAAGCAGGUAGGGUAAGAGGAGUAGGAAGCAUAAGAGAACAAGCAUAACUGCAAGUUGGGAAGCUAUUAUUUAUGAAAUCUCACUUCUUCAAUUGAAAGCAGAACCCCAAUUCGUGGAAAUGAAGCAGUUCUGCCUUGGGAUUCCUAAGCAAUUUUAAGGAUUUUACCUCUCGGCCUUUGUAAAAGGACAACUAACGUCAAUAAAGUUAGCUUGAAUACUCGGAGUACCUACAUAAAACAUGAAUCAGUCAAUGAUUAAGUUUUCUUUGCCAUGUAUGCAUAAACCUAAUGGAGAUAUGUCUUUCAACAGCGAUAAUUAAACUG